GUUAACAAAGUAAACGUCCAUGGUUCAGGAUGAACCGCAGAAAUGUGUGUGAGUUCAACCUGCAAAGAUCCUGAAACAGAUCAGAAACGACGGGAAACGCGAUGAUCUGAACUUGUUUCUUUCUCUGGGAUGAAGGAUUUACUGUAAUUGUGGAGAUUAUACAACUCGCUUAAGAACACAUGCAGGAAGAAACGAUGGCGACUCAGAAGCUGCUUGUUGAAACCCUGAAUCAGCUGAGUCCAGAGGACUUUGUCGUAUUCAAGUUGCUCAUUGAAGAUGACAAUGUUUUACCGCUGCUCCCAAGGAAGGAACUGAAAGCAGCAAACACGCAAGACGUGGUGAAGCUGAUGCUGAAGGCCCACGGUCAGCAGUCUGUGGAGGAGACAAGAGACGUUUUGAAGAAGAUGAGAAAGAUGGAUCUGGUUAAGAGAUUGUCAGCCAUCAAGUCAGAUUCAGAUCCAGAUCCAGAUCCAGAUCCAUAUCAAUAUCCAGAUCCAGAUCCAUAUCCAGAUCCAUUUCCAGAUCCAUAUCCAGAUCGAUAUUCUUAUCCAUAUCCAUAUCUAUAUCCAUAUCCAUAUGCAGAUUCAGAUUCAGAUUCAGAUUCAGAUCAUUAUUUGCCAUCCAUUCAGCGUCCCGACACUAUAAAAGGGAAUGAAUGGCUUCUUCCGCUCACCGAGAGGGUGGAGGCGCUCGAGUCUGCUACCAGACUGCUGUUGGAGACGCUGGAUCUCUUGGGUGAUGAGGACAAAGAGCACUUCAAGAAGGCCUUGAGUAAAACCCACCAGCGGCGGUCCGACUCCUUCCACAUACUGCUGGAGUUGACUGACCUGCAGGAUAAAGUGCUUUUGAUGGUGUACACGUAUGGCAGCAGGUCUGUGGAGAAGAUCACAGAGGUUUUAAAGAAGAUGAAGAAGACUGAGCUGGUGCAGAGGCUUACAGACGGCAGCUCGGUGACCAAAGAGACACAUCGGGAUGAACAUCUGUCUGCACUCAUCCACAAGGUGGUGACUAUGAGGUCAGUUGAGGAGGUGCUUUUGGAAACUCUGACAGAUUUGAGCACAGAAGAUCUCAAGAAGGUGAAGUGGCUCCUGCAGGCCACCUGUUACCAGAGGAAUCUCCCACAGUUGUCAUGGAGAUUGCUGUUGACGGAAGAUCUGAGGAAGUUGGCGGGCAUGAUCGUCAGGACGUACGGUCAACAGUCCGUGGAGGUGGCUGUGGAGGUUUUCACGGACAUGAACAGGACCGAUCUUGUCCAGAGGCUGUCGGGGAGCAGCUCCGGACCCAAAGAGAGGCCCGUCGCGGAUGAACACUGGCUUGCGCUGAUCCAGAAAGUAGAAACGUUGUCGUCUGACACCGAGCUGCUGCUGGAAACUCUGGCUGAUCUGAGCGAUGAGGAGCUCAAGGUCUUCAAGGACUUUGUUCAGACUCAAUUUAACAUCUUGUGGUCGUCGAGCCUGGUAGACCUGCAGGACAUAGUGUUUUUAAUGGUGCAGGCUCACGGCCAACGGUCCGUGAAUAACUUUGUGGAGAUUUUGAAGCGGAUGAAGAAACAUAAGCUGGUCAAGAGGCUCUCAGACAGGAGAUCAGCUUCCAAACAGAAACCGUCUGAUGGCGUGUGGCACUCUGCUUUUAUCCGGAAAGUGUCGACUGUGGCAGCUGUUAAACAUCUGCUUCUGGAAAUUGUGUCUGAUUUGAGAAAACAGGAAAUCCAACAGUUCAAGAACAUCCUGGAGAUGGUUAUCUCUCGGAAGGGUUUCUCACACUUCUCCUGGGGUUUGGAUAAGUGGUCAACCGUGGUAGAAGUUGUGGGCAUGACGGUGCAAAUACUUGGCCGGCAGUCGGUGGAGGUGACCCGGCAGGCUCUGCUGUACAUGAACAGGACUGAUCUGGUGCAGAGGUUUCCAGAGAUCAGCUCAGGACUCGAAGGUAACAUCGGGAAAAUCAUCCGGAGUCUGUCCUCUGAGUUCUCAGGAGGACAAAUCAAGGACCAGGGUCCAGGACCAAAAAUCAGAUUUGAUGGACCGGCACUGUUGGUGGAAGAAGCAGAAACUAAAUGGAUCUUUUCAAUGAAUUUGGCUGAUUUCACAAGAAACGAGCUGUUGAAGUUCAAGUGGUUUCUGCAGUUCACCUGCUUCCAGAAAAGUCUCCCACAAAUCCCAAAAGACCAACUGGCAAAAGCAUUCACAAUACCUAAACUGGUGGAUCUGAUGCUGGAGAGACUGGGAGAGCGCUCUGUGGAAGUGAUUCGAGAGGUUUCCCAGGAUAUGAAGAAGAUUCUGGUGACAGAACCCAGCGCAUCAGCCGGAGAGGUUGCCAGUAAGUUUUUACAGAAGAUUGGCAGGAAUGAUUUGGUGCAGAUGUUUUCAGACAAGAGCUUAGCAUUCAAAGGACCUUCAAGAAGUUUGCAGCCUAAAAGUGUUAAGCAGGAGUCCAUUCGGUGGACUGAUUGUGAACCAGAAGUGAGCAGCACGGACGGAGGCCAGGCUACAACCUACAGGCUGCAGUCUGGACCGGGACACUUUGAAUGCAGUGUUUCAGGUUUAAGAUGGGUCUGUCAGCAGAAGUCCAUCUUGAAGUACCAGUUUGGCUCCUGGCAGGGACACGUGGACAGGAUGGAGAGCAGACAGUUCCUGCCUGCAGGUCCGCUGAUGGACGUCACCGUCAUUGAAGGGAAGCUGAAAGAAGUCUACCUGCCACACUGGAUCUGCAUAGAAGACAACCCUGAAAUCUUGGACAAGUUUGCGGUCCUGCACAUAGACGACUGUGGAGAUGUUGUGGAGAACGUGUCAGAAGUCACAGCGACGCACGUCAAGUUGACCGAACCCACUUUCUCUCUGUUAGCUGCCUUGAUGAAAGUUGGCCUUCGUCUGAAAUACAGAUGUAACGUAUUGCUCUACAAGACCAACACAGCUUUCCUCACGCUGCAUGUUUACCUGAUCCCAGAUGAUCCUGGUUUACAGAAGGCAAUUGACCAGAAACAAGAAUCCUAUGGGUACGAAGUGAUCCGAAAGCCAGACCCGGAGUCCUUGAAAAUAUGUGACCGCUUCAUCCUCACCACAGAUUUGAAAGAUGCAGAAAUCACUCCUAAAUCGGGACUAAAGUUUGAAUAUCCACGAGGGAGGCCGAAUUUCUUUGAAGUGUACAUUGAAAAGCCAGACGGGGGCUUCACGCUCAAACUCUCACCUAGAAAGGAGCACCAGCCAGUGUGGGACUGUGUUGUUCGAAAAGAUGAAUACCAAAGCUGUACACAAGCUGCAGCAUCCUCAAGUGGAGCAACAGGCUUAACUUGUAUGGCUGAUGUUGCUGGUGCUUUAGAUGAAGCAGCUGGUGCAGCUGGUGGAUUUUCACCGAUGGAUUACAGUUGCUAUGAAGAGGAGCACUUUGUGGACAAACACAGCGACAAGUUGAUCCAGAGGGACAGCAUGAGGGCGCUUUUCUCCGGUCCCCUUAAGGCUGGAAAAACCAGCAAAGACAUCUUCUACUCCAUCCUCCAGCAAGAAGAACCACAUCUAAUCACCAGCCUCAAGAGUGAACAAUGACAGGAAAUCCCCUUUCAAAAUAAAAUCAAGCACAACGAACAGACUCAGGUUUCACACCGGUGCUGGAAAUGUUGGAUUAUUACAUAUUUUUUUCUUUUAAGUUGGAAAAGUGUCUGAUUUGAAAUUAAUUGUUUUAAUACAACAAUGCAGAGAGCCUGAAAUGGAAAUGUGUUCCAUGUGCAUCAAAGACCCGCUAACACGAGACAAAUAUAUGACAAGGUUGUCAUUUCAAAUCUCAUUUGGCUAGAAAACUAAAUAAAAUAUCUUAAAAGUAGUGUUGUAAAAAAAAAAUCUACUUUCUAAACAGGUGAGCCUGUGGAAUAAAUGAUACGUGAAACAUUUUAGUUUAUUGAUCUUCUUCCAUGUUCACGUAAGGAAAGACGCGUCUAAUUUACAACCAAGUGGGCUUGAUUUGAACUCUUUCAGUGCAGAGUAAAAAACAAGAUAAAACAGGGCAUAUAGGUAGGUAAGAGGCUGUUAGAGUUCUCUUUUGACAGAGCAGCCACCGCUCACAUCCCCCAGGUGUUUUUUUUUAAUAAAGAAAAAAUCUUCUCUAAAAGUUCUUAAUAAGUUUGUAACACAGUAAAAAAAGAUUUAUUUUGUUUAACUGGUCUUAAGUGUUCCACAGAUUAAUUCUUACCUUGGACAUUAUUGUGAGCUUAAAACACAACAUUUACAUUUAAAAUAAAUGUGAUUUUUAAGUCUUAGGACUUCAGUUGAGUCCUGUAACUAAGUUUCCGAGGCAUCAGCACAGGAAGUAAAUUAAGUACAAUUUUAUUUAUACUUAAAUUUUAUUAAUACUUAAAUCUCUUCACUGCCUCCCAGUUUGAUUUAGAAUACAGUUUAAAAUCCUGACCCUCACCCACAGAGCACUGCAUAGUCAGGCUCCCCCUGAUAUAACUGACCUACUGGAACUGUAUUCACCAGCUCGACGCUCAGAUCCAAUAUGCAGAACGUACUGGCUAUCCCUCACACCUGCCUCAAAGGGGACCUAUUAUGGCAUCUAAUACCUAUUUUAAACGGGCGUUGAAUGUCUCAAAAACAAGCUUUUGAUUGUUUUUGCUAAAUAAAUGAGAAAUUCAGCCUCUGAGCCAUGUCUUUAUCAUCCCAGUCUCUAACGUCAUUAUCUAUGAGGGAUUCUGAGUGGGCGGGGAGAAUAUGAUAAUGAGGCUCUGUGUUGAUUGGCUGCCUGAAUGACGCGAUACACCGCUACGAAAAAAUGGCGGAACCUCCGGCCGGCGGAGUUAGUUGUGGCCGUGGUUUCACACAUCGCUCCUGUCGUGACGUCACAACAGGAGCAAAAUCUGAAUGGCUUUUAGAAGUCACAUGACACUGGAUGGAUCAUCCGGGCGGCUGUACAGACACUGCAGAAUGUGGUUGCUUUCCUCCUUCUCUGAGUUGGCAGGCUGAGGGGAGACCACUUUAAUAAUGUUAAAGCAAGAAAAAGUUUCUUUUUCAUAAUAGGUCCCCUUUAAGACUCGUGGUGACCGAGCUUUCAAGGUUAUGGCCGCUAAAUUUUGGUAUGCUCUGCCUGCAACUUUUAGAUCUAUUGAGUCUGCGAGCUCUUUUAAAAGCCAACUAAAAACCUACCUUUUCAAACAGGCUUUUAUGUAAACUGCAUUGUUUUAAGUUAUUUUAUGUUUUUUCUUUUCUAUCAUGUAUUCUAUGUAUUUUAUUGCUCUAAACUGUUUUUAUUCUUUAAAGCACUUUGUGACAAAUAGUAACUGACGUUUGCAGCGACGUAACUGACGUUGCUCCCCUUAACACCUGAGCUGUGGAAAAACAAACCGGUUCUCAGCUUGUUGAACGAGGUGUUAACCAGAACUGGUCCAGAACCAGCCCUGGAACCGGUUUGGUGGAAAAGGGUUAUGGGACUCGCUCUCUGUGGAACUCCCUCCCUCUACAAGUCCCUCCCUCCCUUUUUCUUGAACUCUCUCCCUCUCGAGCCUCUGAGGUCUUGUCUGACAUAGUAGACCCCGACUUCUAUCACGCUUGUGCCCAAGCAAUGGCAUGGGCCCUGCAUGAGCUUCUCUUCCAUUAUAUUAUAUCAUCCGUCCAUCCAUCCAUUACAUACAACCACUUAUUUUCCUUAAUAAUAAAGUGCUGAUAAUUCAAUUCCCUUUUUUUUCAAUUUUUUUUUCAUUGACAUUCAGCAUUAGACAUUCAAAUCCGAUACAUCAUGAAUGCAUACAUCUUACAUCUGUUGUCUAUCCUAAAUGUCGGAAUAAUAUUUAUGUUUUUUGUCCAAACAAUGAAAAGAAAGACAAACCACCAAAAACAACUACUGUAUGUACAAGUAGGGAGCCAUCUUUUCAACAUAACACAAUCAUUGACUUGAGAAAAUAAAAUCAGGCCUAUGGAGCGUGACAUAGUUGAACCAGUUUUCCCAAUAUAAGGUGAAUUUCUCCUAUUUAUAACUAAUAAAUGCCGUUAUCUUCUCCAUGUUAUAAAUGUCCAUUGUAAUUUCCAUCCAUACCUUUAAAGUUGGGCUCUCCUGUGAUAACCAUUUCCUUGUAAUAGUCUUUUUACAGGCCACUAGCAGGAUAUUCAUUAAAUGUUUAUCUCUUUUUGGCCAGUCCUGAUGUAUGUGUCCAAAAAACAUGGUCUUACUCCCGAGGGAUAUUUCACAUUUGAAGAUAUUCUGUAGGGCUUUGUGUAUCUCUUUCCAGUAAUUCUUUAUGACAGGGCAUUCCCAGAAAACAUGGUAAUGAUUUGCAUUUUUAUUCCCACAGUUUCUCCAGCAGACAUAGGAGUUAUUAUCAUAGUGAGACUUCUAGGAGGGUGUAAUAAAAUACCUCAUCAGACUUUUCCAUCCAAACUCCCUCCACUUCUGUGAGCUGAUACCUCCAUAUCAUUGUCCAUUCUUCCUCCGAUAUAGUUAUCCCUCCUUCCUUCUCCCAUUUUAUGAUAAUUCAAUUCCAUUCUUCUUAUAUACUUCAUGGUCAUAUUGUGCUCUCCUUUUAAAGCCACAAUUUUAAUCUGUGGUUCCUCUAGUCUAGACCAUAUUUGCACCCAACAUAACUCAUAAUAUUUUAUUUUUAUAUAUAUAAAAAAGUGCAGACAAAUUCAAUACGCAAAUGUACGAAUAUGAGUUUAAAUAAAUAAUAUAACCUUUCAUUAUUCACUUAAAUAUGAUCACAAAUCAUGUGGUUUCCCCUGACUUCACUGUGUAAAGUGAAGAGCCUUCGUCAAUGCUUAGUUAUCCAAUCCGUUCCACCUAUAUAGAUAGAUAUAGAGAAACGCCCACUUAGAGAGCAGCAUCAGAAAUGGACUUACGUAGAGUUAAUGAAAAGCUAAAAAAGACAGAAUGUGCAACAUACAGCUGUUGACACCCUUUAUAUAAAUGGUAUUGACAUCUUGAGUAAAAAAUGUACUAAUAAACAUGUUAUAGAAUAUUUUUAUAAUUCAGGAAAAGUAAAACCACAAAGGAAGUUUUUUCUGGAAUGCUCAUUUUGUAAAUAUUAAUUGGCAUAAGGUGUGUCUUGUUCCUUUUAGAUUUUGUGUCACAAAUAAAAUCAGAGAACCUCAUUUAAAAAUACUACAUAACAUAUAUCCAUCUAACAUAUAUUUCAAGAUUUUGUGUUAUUGUGUGUACCAUAGUGUUUCAUAAAGCUGAACCUGAAAGUGUAACUCACAUAUGGUUGCUCAUAUACUAGUACAUUUUGGAAAGAACUUGAGAACUACAUACUGUGCAAAACAACAUAAAAUCAACAUAGAAGGGAAAAAUGUUAUUACUUAUUUUGAAUUCAAAGAGUAAAAAAAAAUGCUUUCUUGUCA